UCUACGCACAGCUACAGUGUGCAUCAUGAACUGCGAGGGCAUAGCCACGUACAAGUUUACACAGUGUUCUCUGGAGAGCAAAGUUGUCUGCUGACAGAUGUUCUUCUGUGCCUCGAUGGUCAUGACUUAAAAUCUAAACGUCUUUUUUUUUUACCUUUUUGACUGAUAACAAACCAGUGAGAACGGGAUAUUAUUGGAUGGAGUUGGUCGAAAAUGCGAUCGUUUGUUCUCCUCGCCUGUUUGUGUGGAUGCGUCUUGAGCUCAGGCGUCCCAGUGUGUGAGCGUUGUGUGUGUGUCUCAGUCUGGCCAAUACAGAUGCAAUGCUACCAUUGUGAGGAGAGUCUGCUGGACAACGACUGCUCCUCACCAAAGUUCAUCGUCAACUGCACGGCCAACAUCCAAAAUUCCUGUCAGAAGGAGGUGAUCCACAGCCAGGAUGGAGUGGUCACCUACCGUAAGCAGUGUGCGUCCUACAGCACGUGUCUGAUCACCUCUGCUGGGUAUCAGUCCUUCUGCAGCCCGGGGCGCCGGGGUUCCAUCUGCAUCACCUGCUGCAACACGCCGCUGUGUAAUGGCCCGCGGCCCCCCCGCUACAACCCCGCGCCACGCCACGGGCCGCCCGCUCCCAGCGUCCUGCUGCCGCUGGCCGCCGCCAUGGCCGCACUGCCCCCCCUCUUCCUACUGUGAGGCCAACUGGCUGACUGCAAAGCCACGGCUACACUAGUUUUCUCUGUGCUUGUCAAGAAAAGGCAGACGAAAGAAAACCACACACAUGCUCUCUAUCUCUCUCUCACACACACAACAAAAAAAUUCUGUUCCUGUUCUGAAAUGUCUUUUGAAACUCCUGUGUUGUCUUAUCAGAUCAAGCUUUUUGGAAGCCAGUCCUGUGGGAAAAUAACAGAGAUUUGACAGAAUCUGUUUUGCCGGAAACAUUUUGACACCAUUGGAGUUUUGGGGGGACGGGGAAAAUGCAACCCACUGGAAGCCAUUUUCACACUGUAGCUUACUUUGUCUCAAGACUACACCACGGUGGCAAAGACAUGCUUUUCACUUUUCCAGCACUUGUUUGAAUGGCCAGGGACAAAAAAACAGUACAUUCUAUACGUUUCUCACUCAUUCAUUCACACUAAAUGUGUCAGAAGCCUCUACUUCAGGACGUAUGUUCCCUCGUUAUGCUCUGUAUAUCACUUAAAGCAACACCAAAGAGUUUUGUGUACCUUAAAAUAAUGUUUACAAAAUCGUUUCAGUGGUUCAU